CAACACUGGCACUUUGACACUUCUGCUUCUUCGACUUUGGGUUUUUUUUUAUUGUGACUCUACAAGCGACGUUUUUUGUGCAUUACUUUUAGUUAAAUUCGUUUUUAAGCCUAUAGUUUAAUUGUUUAAUUUAUUGUGAUGGCCGAAUUUCUAGACUCCGAGGCCGAGGAAUCGGAGGAGGAGGAAGAAUUGGACGUGAACGAGCGCAAAAAGCUGAAGAAGCUGAAAGCCGCCGUCUCCGACAGCAGCGAAGAAGAAGAAGAUGACGAGGAGCGCCUGCGCGAGGAGCUUAAGGAUCUGAUCGACGACAAUCCCAUCGAGGAGGAUGACGGCAGUGGUGAUGACUCGGACACCGGGAGCGGGGGCGAUACCGAAGGCGGAGGCAGCGGCAAGAAGCGCAAAAAGCACGAGGACGACGAUCUGGACGAUCGGCUUGAGGACGACGAUUACGAUCUGAUCGAGGAGAACUUGGGCGUCAAAGUCGAGAGACGGAAGCGGUUCAAGCGCUUGCGUCGCAUCCACGAUAACGAGAGCGAUGGCGAGGAGCAGCACGUGGACGAGGGUCUGGCCCGGGAGCAGAUCGCCGAGCAGCUGUUCGACGAGAACGAUGAGAGCGUUGAGCAUCGCAGCGAGCGCAGUCCUAGGGAAGCGGACGCCUUUGACGAGGAAGACUCUGAGUCGGAUGCGGAUGAUUUCAUAGUGGAUGACAACGGGCGUCCUAUAGCCGAGAAGAAAAAGAAGCGUCGUCCCAUCUUCACAGACGCAUCGCUGCAAGAGGGCCAGGAUAUCUUUGGCGUAGACUUCGACUACGACGACUUCUCCAAGUACGAGGAGGACGAGUACGAGGAUGAUUCUGAGGGCGAUGAAUAUGACGAGGAGCUUGGCGCCGGCGAUGAUAUGCGCGUCAAGAAGAAGAAGGCCCUCAAGAAGAAGGUGGCCAAGAAGACGAUCUUCGACAUUUACGAGCCGAGCGAGCUGAAGCGUGGCCACUUCACCGACAUGGACAACGAGAUCCGCAAGACGGACAUCCCGGAGCGCAUGCAGCUGCGCCAGGUCCCCGUUACGCCGGUGCCCGAGGGAUCCCACGAGCUGGACCUCGAGGCCGAUUGGAUCUACAAAUAUGCCUUCUGCAAGCAAACCGUUUCCGAGCAGGAGAAGGCCGAGAACCGCGAAAAGUUGCGCAAACCUCCGACGGCCGUAAACAAGAUCAAACAGACGCUGGAGUUCAUCCGUAACCAGCAGCUUGAGGUGCCCUUCAUAGCCUUCUAUCGCAAGGAGUACGUGAAGCCAGAGCUAAACAUCGACGAUCUGUGGAAGGUGUACUACUUCGAUGAGCGCUGGUGCCAGCUGAACGAGCGGAAGCGUAAGCUAAAGGUGCUCUUCGAGAAGAUGCGCCAGUUCCAGCUGGACACGCUGUGCGCCGACCCAGAUAAACCCAUACCGGACGACGUGCGUUUGAUGCUUGACAGCGAUUUCGAGCGCCUGGACGACGUGCAGUCCAUGGAGGAGCUGAAGGACGUGCACAUGUACUUCCUGCUCAACUACUCGCACGAGCUGCCGCGCAUGCAGGCGGAGCAGCGGCGCAAGGUGAUCCAGGAGCGUCGUGAGGCCAAGGCGCGUCGGCACGCGGCCGCCGCCGAAAACGGGGAGGAUGCGUCGGAGGGUGCGGCGAUAGUAAUCCCAGAGCCGGAGGACGACGACGAUCCGGAGCUGAUCGAUGACCAGCUAAAGCAGGCGCCCAACAGCAGUCCCUAUGCGGUGUUCCGCAAGGCGGGCAUCUGUGGCUUUGCCAAGCACUUUGGUCUUACUCCCGAGCAGUUUGCCGAGAACCUGCGCGACAAUUACCAGCGUAACGAGGUCACCCAGGAAAGCCUGGGGCCCACGGAACUGGCCAAGCAGUAUCUGUCGCCUCGCUUUAUGACCACGGAUGAGGUGCUCCACGCGGCCAAAUACGUUGUGGCCCGCCAGCUGGCACAGGAGCCCCUGCUCCGCAAGACCAUGCGUGAGGUUUACUUCGAUAGAGCCAGAAUCAACAUACGGCCCACCAAGAAUGGCAUGGUGCUAAUCGACGAGAACUCGCCGGUGUACUCGAUGAAAUACGUGGCCAAGAAGCCGGUGGGCGACCUCUUUGGCGAUCAAUUCAUUAAGCUGAUGAUGGCCGAGGAGGAGAAGCUGCUGGAGAUAACGUUCCUCGAGGAGUUCGAGGGCAAUGCUAAUGCCAACGGACCACCCGGCGACUAUGUGGAGGAGUCCAAGGCCCUGUACCAUCUGGAUCAGUUCUCCAAGCAUGUCCUGGAGUGGAAUGCGCUGCGGGCGGAGUGCGUGAAACUGGCGCUGCAGAAGUGGGUCAUUCCGGAUCUGAUCAAGGAGCUGCGCUCCACACUGCACGAGGAGGCGCAACAGUUUGUGCUGCGUUCAUGCACCGGCAAGCUGUACAAGUGGCUGAAGGUGGCGCCCUACAAACCGGAGCUGCCCACCGACUACGGCUACGAGGAGUGGAGCACGCUAAGAGGCAUUCGGGUGCUGGCUCUGGCCUACGAUCCCGACCAGUCGGUGGCCGCUUUCUGUGCUGUGACCACCGUGGAGGGCGACAUCUCCGAUUACCUGCGACUGCCGAACAUCCUCAGGCGCAAGAAUUCGCACAACGCCGAGGAGAAGGCGCAAAAGUUGGCCGACCUGCGCAAGCUGAGCGACUUCAUUAAAAUGAAGAAGCCACAUAUUGUGGUCAUUGGGGCGGAAUCGCGCGACGCCCAAAACAUCCAGACGGACAUAAAAGAGAUACUCAAGGAGCUGGAGACAUCCGAGCAGUUUCCGCCCAUCGAGGUGGAGAUAAUUGACAACGAGCUGGCCAAGAUCUAUGCCAAUUCGAAGAAGGGCGAGUCGGACUUCAAGGAGUACCCCGCCCUGCUGAAGCAGGCCGUUUCCCUGGCCCGCAAGAUGCAGGACCCCUUGGUGGAGUACUCGCAGCUGUGCGAUGCAGACGACGAGAUUCUCUGCCUGCGCUACCAUCCGCUGCAGGAGCGAGUGCCGCGCGAGCAGCUGCUGGAGCAGCUCAGCCUGCAGUUCAUCAAUCGGACCAGCGAGGUGGGCCUGGACAUCAACCUGAUGGUGCAGAACUCACGGACAGUCAAUCUGCUGCAGUACACCUGCGGUUUGGGUCCGCGCAAGGGCCAGGCUCUACUUAAGCUGCUCAAGCAGAGCAACCAGAGGCUGGAGAACCGCACCCAGCUGGUCACAGUCUGCCAUUUGGGACCCAAGGUUUUCAUCAACUGCAGCGGCUUCAUCAAAAUAGAUACCUCAUCGUUGGGCGACAGCACGGAGGCGUAUGUGGAGGUGCUGGACGGAUCGCGUGUGCAUCCGGAGACGUACGAGUGGGCCAGGAAGAUGGCCAUCGAUGCCAUGGAGUACGACGACGAGGAGACCAAUCCGGCCGGCGCUCUCGAGGAGAUCCUGGAGUCGCCAGAGCGCCUGAAGGAUCUCGAUCUGGACGCAUUCGCCGUGGAGCUGGAGCGCCAGGGCUUCGGCAGCAAGAGCAUAACCCUGUACGACAUCCGGAAUGAGUUGAGCUGCUUGUACAAGGACUACCGCUCGGCGUAUGCCAAGCCCAGUUCCGAGGAGCUCUUCGACAUGCUGACCAAGGAGACGCCCGACUCGUUUUACGUGGGCAAGUGCGUCACGGCCAUGGUCACCGGAUUCACCUACCGACGGCCGCAGGGCGAGCAGCUGGACAAUGCUAAUCCCGUGCGCAUUGAGUCCAGCGACAGCUGGCAGUGUCCCUUCUGCCAGAAGGACGACUUCCCCGAGCUGUCCGAGGUGUGGAAUCACUUUGACGCCAAUGCGUGUCCUGGCCAAGCUUCUGGGGUGCGGGUCCGACUGGAGAACGGUCUGCCGGGCUUUAUACACAUCAAGAAUCUGUCUGACAAGCAGGUGCGCAACCCGGAGGAGCGUGUUCGCGUCUCCCAGAUGAUCCAUGUGCGCAUCAUCAAGAUCGACAUUGAUCGGUUCUCGGUGGACUGUUCCUCGAAGACGGCGGAUCUGAAGGACGUUAACAACGAGUGGCGGCCGCGGCGCGACAACUUCUAUGACUUUGUGACCGAGGAGCAGGACAACCGGAAGGCCAGCGACGCCAAGGAGAAGGCCCUCAAGCGCAAGACCUACGCCCGCCGUGUGAUCGCCCAUCCCAGCUUCUUCAACAAGUCGUAUGCGGAGGUGGUGGCCAUGCUGGCCGAGGCUGACCAGGGCGAGGUGGCCCUGCGGCCGAGCAGCAAGUCCAAGGAUCACCUGACAGCCACCUGGAAGGUGGCCGACGACAUCUUCCAGCACAUCGAUGUGCGAGAGGAGGGCAAGGAGAACGAUUACAGUCUGGGCCGAAGUCUGUGGAUUGGCACCGAGGAGUUCGAGGACCUGGACGAGAUCAUCGCCCGUCACAUCACGCCGAUGGCCCUAGCCGCCCGCGAACUGAUUCAGUACAAGUACUACAAGCCCAAUACGGCGCCGGCCAACACGAAUGAGCGGGAUUUCAUGGAGCAGGUGCUGCGCGACGAGAAGACUAAGGACCCAAAGAAGAUACACUACUUCUUCACGGCAUCGCGUAGCAUGCCGGGCAAGUUCCUGCUCUCCUAUCUGCCCAAGACGAAGACGCGCCACGAGUAUGUGACAGUGAUGCCGGAGGGCUAUCGUUUCCGUGGCCAGAUCUUCGACUCGGUCAACAGUCUGUUGCGCUGGUUCAAGGAGCACUGGCUGGAUCCCAUGGCCUCGCCGGCCAUCGCCUCGUCCUCUGCGUCCAAUUUAACGCCCCUGCACUCGAUGCGACCGCCUCCGACGGCCUCCUCGUCAUCUCUUACGUCCCUGGGCUCCCAGGCCCCGUAUAGCGUCACGGGCAGUGUGGCUGGAGGAACGCCACGAAGUGGCAUCAGCAGUUCCGGUGGCGGCGGCGGCGGCAGCUCCAGCGCCUACUCCGUAUCGCAUUCCAUUGUUGGCUACAGCUCCACGUCCGGCGGUUCGGGGGCUGCAGCGGCUGCUUCGCACUACGGCAGCUCGUCGACGCCGUCCUUUGGGGCGAUCAUCAAUACGCCGUACACGCCCAGUGGACAGACACCCUUCAUGACGCCAUACACGCCGCACGCCUCGCAGACGCCUCGAUACGGCCACAAUGUGCCGAGUCCUAGUUCACAAUCCUCGAGCAGCCAGCGGCAUCACUACGGCAGCAGUUCCGGAACGGGCAGCACGCCCAGGUAUUACGACAUGGGAGGAGGAGGCGGCGGCGGUGGUGGUGGUGGUUCCAAUGCCUACAACAUGGGUGGUGGCAACAUGCCGCCACACCACCAGCAACGUGCCAAAGAAAACCUCGACUGGCAGCUGGCCAACGAUGCCUGGGCACGACGCAGGCCACCGCCGCAGCAGCAACAGUCGCAUCAUGCCCAGCAGCAGCACCAUCAUCCGCAGCAACAACAACCGCAGAUGGGAAUGGGCAUGAACAUGGGAAUGGGCAUGGGCAUGGGACCCGGAGGAGGCUACGGAUCAACGCCUGGCAAUGACUACAACAGCGGCGGAGGAGGAGGAGGGGGGCACAGUCGGGGAAUGGGCAUGGGCAUGAACCAGGGCCACGGACCCGGCGCAUCCAUGUCGUCGAAGUCCUCCGUGCGCAGCACUCCACGCACUAACACCUCACCCCACUCCAUGAAUCUGGGCGAUGCCACGCCCCUCUACGACGAGAACUAGGGCGGCGAAUAAUAGAAACAACACAAAACAAAAAAAACAAACAAUCGCAGCUGGCGGAGAAGCAGUUGCAUUAAUCUUAGAAAGUUGCAGUGCGAUUUCGCAUUGAUCCUCAACGAUAUUUACGUUUAAGAGCAAGUCGAUAACUGAUUCGCGGUACACGCAUAUAUAUAGAUAUAUAUACACCCUACACCUACUUAUAAUCGAAGAUCACGGGGCGCCUGCCGAUGGCGUUAUCCGAGAGACGGGAUCGGUUGGACAGGAGCCGGGGGAGCAAGGAUGGAGGGAGGAGCAAUCAGGUUUGUGACGACGGAAGGACGAAAAAUAAAUUUGAAUUUUUUCUGACCAGAAA